AUGAGAUAUCGCCAGAGAGAGGCUGCCCAGAGUGAGGUUGCUGAGCUGGAGACACAGCUCAAACUGGUGGAAGAGAAUCGUGACAACAUCCGCAGGGACCUCAUUGAUGCUAAGAUCAGAGAGGGUGAUGAGAUCAGGGAGCUGAUGAGGAAGGACAUGGUCGAGCUGAAGAGGAACAUAAAUGAUGAAAUCCGUGAGAAGGACACGGUUAUCAAGACAGCAGAGGAACUCCGCUCCACCGUGAAGAAGAAUGAAUGUGACAAGAUUGAUCUGAACAGGUCUCUUUGUGACCACAGACAGAGGGGAGCAGUGUUGGAGGAACAAAAGGCUGUUGUCCAAAAGGAGGCUGGUGACCUGCGCUGCAGUCUGCGCGAGGUUGAGCGUGCUCGUUUGGAGGCUCGCCGUGAGCUCCAGGAUCUUCGUCGCCAGAUCAAGCUGUUGGACGGAGAGAGAAACAAACUUGGUAACGAGGUGUCUGACCUCCAAGUCAGAGUUGCCUGUGAUGAGGAGAAGGAAGAGGAGGCUCGCAGACACUCGUUUGACCUCAAACAGAAGGUUGUGGAGACAGAGGCCAGCAGGGAAGUUCUGCGUAAAGAAUUCGCCAACCUCCAACGCAAGAUGGGUGAGCUUGCUGACGAAACACACCUGAAGGAGAAGGACUACCAGAUGGCUUUGGAGGACAGUCGCCGUUCUGAAAAGAAACUUGAGGACCGCUCACAUAAUCUGGAAAUCAGCCUGGAGCAAACUGGCGCUGAAGCAGCUGAGCUGAAACUGAGGCUUAGCGGUGCUGAGGGUCGCGUCAACGCCCUUGAGGCAACCCUGGCCAGGCUGGAGGGAGCCAAGCGUGAUGUUGAGUUCAAGCUUAGCAGCAUUGUGUCCAGUCUGCGCAGGACAAUUGGAUUCCGUCAAGAGAUGCCACGUGCAAGCAGCCCAACCAGGUCACGUACACCUAGCUCCCGCAGGUCCCGACCUAAUUCACCAACCAAAGGUUUUGAGAGCACUUACUCCACCACCACAGAAGGACGUGGCAGUCCCAUCCCCAGGACUGGAUCCCCAGAGCGUAUGGGUAGCCCGACCCGCCUUGGCCCCCGCGGAGCCUCACCCAGGAGGCUGGAGUACUCUCGUGAAGUGGCUCCACUUGACGUGGAUCCUGAGGCAGUCAGGAUGGCCCUUAGGGACUUUGUACAGCAGCUUGCCGGAGCCGAGCGAGAGAGGGUGUCUACCCUGAAGGACCAACUUUCUACCGAGAUGCGUAAACGCCAGCAGUACAUUUCGCGCAGCAGCCGUACCGGUGACGAAAUCCGAGACAUCAGAAACAUUCUUGACGGCUCCCUGUCUGCCGUCACCCGUCACCCAGACCUUGACCCCCUGCUGUUGGAGACUGAGACUCGAAAGCUGGACGACUCCAUGGACUUUCGAUCUACGUCACCCUAUCCCUCACGUCAGACCCUCCAGGCCGCUUUCGCUACGGCAACCAGACAUGAAGGUUACUUUUCACAAUUUAAGAAUGAGAAGAAUGGUGAUUAUUGA